GGCGGCGUCGGAGGCUCCUCGGAGGCCGAGCUGAAGGCGCUGGCCCACUCGGUGCUGAAGCGGCUGAAGGAGAAGCAGCUGGAGGCGCUGCUCCACGCCGUCGAGUCCCGCGGGGGCGCCCGGACCUCCUGCCUCCUGCUGCCCGCCAAGGCCGACGCCAAGCUGGGCCACCAGUGGUACUCCCUCCCGCUGCUGCUGGGCAAGAUCUUCCGAUGGCCGGACCUGCGCCCGGGCUCGGAGGUCAAGCGCCUCUGCGGCUGUGAAUCCUACGGGAAAAGCCACCUGGACUUAGCCUGCUGCAACCCCUUCCACCUGAGCAGACUCUGCGAGCUAG